UCUUGAAUCUUACCAUGUCCCGUGAUAUUACGGCUACUCUUGGUGAGGUGAUCAGCUGUAAAAUUCCUAAAGAAGCCAACGACAAAUUUGUGAACCUACUUCAGAUCAUCUCUCAGUGCACAGGGGAUGAGUUUCUACAACAUAUCAACCAUAUUGUUGUCGAAAUUUCUCAGGAGAGCGUUACGGUGAUAUCGACCAAGAAGUUUUGUGAUGAAUUGAUUAAUUGUGUGAGAGAUGUCGCCGAUGAUCAGUUGGCUAUUGCAGCAUUUCAAACAAUAUUGAACCGCAUGCAAUCAAGAAAUAUAGCCUUUGAAUCGCAGAUUGUGGAACUUAGAAACCAACUUUCUCGCAGGCUAGAAGCGACAGGUUGUCUGGGUGAAGCUGCGAGCGUCUUGGCCGAAAUUCCACUCGAAAGUGGACAGCGCACAUACGCCGUCACGUUCAAAAUGGAUAUAUAUCUUCGAAUAGCUGAGUAUUACUUGAAGCUCCAACAGAUCUCCGAUGCAGAGACAUAUGUUAAUAGAGCUUCCCUGUUACAACCAGAAUGUGAAGAUCAGAAUCUACUCCUCCGGUAUAAGACUGCGUACGCUCACUUACUGGAUCACAAACACAGAUUCCUUGAAGCUGGUCAGCGUUAUGCUGAAUUGUCGAUCCGUUUUCCCUGGAUGGAUGAAGCCGAACGCGUAUCAUUUUUGGAACGUGCAUUAGCGGCUGCCCUGUUGGCCAGUGCCGGGCACCAGCGCACUCGUCUUUUGGCUACGCUGUACAAAGAUGAACGUUGUCAAGCCUUCGAAGCUUAUCCUAUAUUAGAGAAGAUGUACAUGGGUCGACUUAUCAAACGGUGCUCUUUGCGCACCCUUGGACCGCUGUUCGAAAAGUUCUAUCCCCAUCUGCUCCACCCCCCGCCAGCUGCUAGUGCAACGGUAUCAGCUGGAUCGAAACCUCCGAAUACCACCAGCCACUCGAUACAAGAACUGUUGGAGCGUGCUGUAGUUGAGCACAACAUGCUUGCAGCCAGCUUAAUCUACAACAACAUCAGUCUAGCCAAUUUGGGCGACCUUUUGGAAAUUACAGCAACGGAAGCUGAAGCCGUCGCAUCCCAGAUGAUCACUGAAGACAGGUUGAUGGGGCAAAUCGACCAGAUCGACGGAGCUAUUCAUUUCAAAGUCCCCACUUCUGGCGAAGACCCUGUUCUAGCUUCUUGGAGUGGUCAGAUAAAUAGUUUAUGUACAUCGGUGAAUCGAAUCGUCGAAGGAAUUGAAGCAGCUCAUCCUGACUGGGUUCACGAACAGCUCUCUGCGCGCAUGGCGGUUGAUCCCAUUUUGUGAACUUCGACGUCAUCCGUACCGCAUAGUAUAACUAUUCGGAUUGUUGCUUGGCGCCUCGGGCACAGGUGACCCUCAACGUACUGCUUUCGAAAGAUAUAAAAUGUUUGAUCACGAA